AUGCAGACCAAGCACUUCUUCUCCGAUCCGAACCAUCUGGUUCUGACCGCACUCAACUCCCUCACCCUCACAAACCCAUCCCUGGCCUUGGAUACCCAAAACAAGAUCAUCUUCCGCCGCCCUGAUGCCUCCCGCAGACCUGGCAAGGUCUCCAUCAUAACCGGCGGUGGCUCGGGCCAUGAGCCUGCAUUUGCGGGCUUCGUUGGUAAAGGGUUCUGCGAUGCCUCAGUUGCUGGAACGAUUUUCGCCUCGCCCUCGGCGGAGCAGAUUCGCCGUGCUGCUAUUGAUCGGGUCGCGACGGACGCUGGCGUCCUCAUUCUUCCGAAUAACUAUACCGGGGAUGUGCUGAACUUUGGUAUGGCCGCGGAGAAAUGCCGAGCUGCUGGUAUUCGCACCGAGUUCUUUGCGAUUAACGAUGAUGUCGGCGUUGGUCGGGAGAAGGGUGGUAAAGUCGGUCGUCGGGGUAUUGCUGGUGGCGUGCUCAUCUUGAAGAUGACCGGUGCUCUGGCGGAGGCUGGUGGUUCUCUCGAGGAGGUGCAUAAGCUCGCACAAUUCGCCAAUGAGAAUCUGGUCUCCAUUGGUUCAUCCUUGGAGCACGUCCACGUUCCCGGUCGUGGCGUGCCGGAGGAUUUCAUCCCUAAUGGCGAAGUCGAGAUUGGCAUGGGCAUUCACAAUGAGCCUGGAUCUCAUCGCACCAAGGCCAACCUGGUUGAGACGGUCUCGACUAUGCUCACGCAGUUGCUGGACCCGAACGAUACUGACCGCGCCUUUUUGAAGCGCAACCCGGAUAAUGAGUUCGUUCUGUUGGUCAACAACCUGGGUGGUGUUAGCCCUAUUGAGCUGGCCGGCAUCACCGACGAGGUGCACCGUCAGCUGGUCCGUGAUCACAAGGCCAAGCCUGUCCGGGUCCUCCAGGGUACCUUCCUGACCAGCCUGAACGGUAUGGGCUUCAGCAUCUCGCUGCUGCAGCUGGCCGACAAUGGCCUGGGUCCGGGCAAAUCCAUGCUCGAGCUGAUCGAUGCCCCUGCCGAGGCAGUCGGUUGGGCUGCCCCCAUCAACACCUCUACAUGGAACGAGCGUAUCGACACGCCGGUCGAGCUCAAGGUGUCCAAUAUCGUCGAGGAGACACCGAGUAAUCUGAAGCUGGACCCGGCCAUCAUCAAGAAGGUCCUAAGCGCCGGCCUUCAGCGCGUCAUCGCCGCCGAGCCCGAAGUCACCCGCUACGACACGAUCGUCGGCGACGGCGACUGCGGCAUUGUCCUCCGCAUCGUCGAAGUCGUCGAAAACGUCAUGGACGGCACAUCCGGCGCCAUCUAUGCCAUCUUCCUCAACGCGCUCGCCCACGGCCUCCGCGACCAGGACACCGGCUCCGGCUCCAAUCUCCCCGUCACAUCCGAAGUCUGGGCCAAAGCGCUGAAACACUCCGUCACCGCGCUGGCCAAGUACACGCCCGCGAAGCCGGGUGACCGUACACUGAUGGAUGCGCUGGUGCCGUUCUGCGAUACGCUGCUCGAGACGAAGGAUGUGCGGGUUGCGGCUGCGGCGGCGCAGCAGGGAACUGAGUCGACGAAGAGUAUGAAGGCUAGUCUUGGGAGGUCGGUUUAUGUUGGUGGUCAGGCGGAGUGGAUUGGGAAGGUGCCUGAUCCCGGUGCUUACGGGCUUAGUGAGUUUUUGACGGGGUUGGCGGAGGCGGUUUAG